AACAUGUUUACAGGGAGAGGUGAGGUUGUCAUAUGUCAUAACAGCCAAUUAGAUUCCAACGCGUUGAACAAUCCAUCCACACCGACCGGAGGCCACCUCUCGAGCUGGAUUAAUGACCAGAAACAAAUUAUCUUCGCACCUCAUUUUCUUGAUUUCUUGAUUUCCUUUUCCCGAUUCAGCUCUUGUUUCUCGCUGUUGCUCCACGGGUCUUUGGACUCUCCCCCGCUGAUAUUCAUUGAGCUCACCUUUUUCUUGCGUUUUUACUAAUCUCCCAAAUCCACCUGGGGAGAUAAACAUUAAACAAGGUCCCGUCUUUCGCGCUGUCACGCCGAGAAUGUGAUUCUUAGUCGUAUUGUUUGAUUUAAAUGAGUUGUCCUGGGUGGUUUUUCUGAUUCAUCAUCUACUGCUAGAAAUAGAAAUGAAGAAUCACAUUUAUUUCUGGGAUUCUUGGCGGUUUUGAUCUUGCGGGUUAGUUACGAGUCUGCAGCUCUUCUCCAACUAGUGGGUUUUGGGUUGAGCGCUGCGAUGAUCUCCUGGUGUAAUUUCCGAGAUUUGCAUGAUUUCUUUGUUGGGUUGACAAGUGAUUUAUAGGUGAAGGCUGAGAAUAGUAUGCUCUAGAUAUAUGAUCCUGUGAAUGGGAGCAAUGGCACAUUCUAUAAGAAAGCUCGCACUAAAAUCUUAUCAGAACAAGGCAGAGGUGCUUGUCAGAAACUAUGUCCUAUCAGAUCCUUAUAUUCCAUAUGCUUCUGUAGUUGGUGGCGUAGUGACAUGCAAAAUGGCCUACGACUUGACACAGCUCAUCAGUACCUUUUACUUCAGGUCUUACAAUGGCCUCACAAAGAUUCAAAGAAUUGAGUGGAAUAAUCGUGGGAUGUCCACUCUUCAUGCCAUUUUUAUUUCUAUCUUGUCCCUGUACUUUGUGUUCUUCUCUGAACUUUUCUCUGAUGACAACUCUGUCGGGCUAGUUACACUCAGAAGUUCUCCUUUGUCGACAUUUGUAAUGGGGAUGUCUGUUGGAUACUUCAUUUCAGACCUCGCUAUGAUUUGCUGGUAUUAUCCUUCUUUGGGCGGAUUAGAAUAUGUUGUUCACCACUCUCUUUCCGGAACUGCUGUAGCAUAUUCCAUGUUUACCGGGGAGGGACAGCUUUACACAUUCAUGGUCUUAAUAUCUGAGGUCACAACUCCAACAGUCAAUAUGAGAUGGUUCCUCGAUAUAGCUGGAUUGAAGAAAUCCACUGCCUACCUAAUCAACGGUGUUUUGAUAUUUUCAAGUUGGUUGGUGGCGAGAAUUAUUUUGUUUCUUUACACAUUUUACCAUGUCUAUCUCCAUCAUGCUCAGGUGAUGCAAAUGCACACUGCUGGUAUUCUGUUGGUGUUUUUUGUUCCGGUGGCUCUUGGCAUCAUGAACUUGAUGUGGUUUGGGAAGAUUGUCAAGGGCUUGAUGAAGACUUUGGCAAAAACGAAAUGAUACUUACUGGCCGCUUCAUCCACAAGUCACCAUUUGUUGCUAAUGUGACACAUUCCAAUCAAGUUGUGUCUGCCCAUGCUAUUUUAUGCACGAGGAUUUUUUGGUGCAUAGGGGAGGUUUUCAUGGAGGAAUACUUGUACAAGGAAGGGAGAACAGAAUCAAAGGGUGGGAACUGAGAAACAAAUAUAAAUGAGACCGGAUAGCAUCCUUGGCUGUGCUGCUAAACUUUAUCCGAUUGUCUUGAGUAACUUGUAU